AUGGAACAACAGAUCUUGCGCUCUCUGUCGGCCGCGUGUGGAAUCCCCAUAACGACGAUCAUUAGCCACAUGAAGAAGAAUCCUCGCUUCAAGGCGCGGUCAAACUACGUCAAGCCCCAUCACAUCCCUGCAAACGUUGGAGAAUGGCUCAAGUUUGCCAUGUCCUUCGUUCGUCCUUUGCCAGGUGGACGCUAUCUUUUCAACGACAUGCACGACUAUGUGCAUGUAGACGAAAAGUGGUUCUACUUGACGAAGGUUAAAGGUAGGUACUAUGUGUACGACGACGAAGAGGUCACUGUUCGGGCUGUCAAGUCAAAGCGUUUUAUCACCAAUGUGAUGUUCCUUGCCACUGUGGCUAGACCGCGAUAUGACCCACACGGCAAGAAGGCAUGGGACGCGAAGGUUGUUUUUUGGCCCUUCGUUCAAGUGACGCCAGCGCAGCGUGGAAGCAAGAACAGGCCGAAGGGCGCCAUGGUCACCACCCCAUAA